AUGUCUGGAAAGGGAAAAGCUGCUACUGGAGGCCGUGGCAAGAAAACUGAAAAAAGCAGCACGCGCUCCGCUAAGGCUGGCUUGCAGUUCCCCGUGGGUCGUGUUGCCCGUUACUUGAAAAAAGGCCGCUAUGCUCAGCGAACGGGUGGAGGUGCUCCAGUCUACAUGGCUGCUGUGCUUGAAUACCUUUGUGCUGAAAUCCUAGAACUGGCCGGCAAUGCUGCUCGUGACCACAAGAAGACGCGUAUUAUCCCACGUCAUAUCCAGAUGGCUGUCCGCAAUGACGAGGAGCUGAACAAGUUGCUAGGCGAUGUGACGAUUGCUUCAGGUGGUGUGAUGCCCAACAUCCACUCUGUCCUUUUGCCCAAGAAGUCAGCGUCAGCUGGUAAGAAGGGCAAGUCCUCGGCCUCGCAGGACUACUAA